AUGGUCAACCUGUCUGACCUCGUGAAUUGGGGAGUUACAUUCAUGGUCAGAGGGUAACUAUCGUCCUGGCCUUACCUACGCACACUAAAGCCUCAAUUUAGAAAGUCUGCCAGCAAUUUGGGACCUUGCCAGGACCCUGAAUGUGGAAGUACUGGCGGAGAAGUGUAUCGGCCUGAUGAAGGAGCAGUUUGAGCACUUCAUUCAAACUGACCUCUUUGUCAGCUUGCCCGCCGAAACUGUGUUCACUCUGCUUCGCAGCGAUGAUAUCUCGGUGGAAUCUGAGGAGCAGGUUAUUGCGGCCAUUUCGCGCUGGGUGGGCGCCGGUGGUGCUGCCGAUGAUGAGAAGCUGAGAGUGCACGCGCCGGCAAUGCUAAAUGAAGUGCAAUGGCAGCUGACGAGUGCGCAAUGUCGCAGUCGCCUGCUGGAUAGUUAUCCAACACUACGGAAAAGCCCCGAAUGUCUGUAAGUGUCUGCAAUUUCAGCCCUGUUAAUUUGAGAUAAAAGUUGUCUAUUGCUUCAGGUGGAGCACUGGAUUGGCGCUGCAGUGAAGGACAAGCCUCCUCGCCCCUUCAACAUCAGGCCACGCCUAAGCCAGACGUUCUUCGUUUUUGGAAAGGAUAAAGGUCAAGACAGGUACUCUGUCCUUCGCGUUGACGCGCACCUGCGGCGGGCAGAACGAAUUGCUGACAUGAAGGGUCCUCGUAGUCAUGCCUCCUACAGUGUCGUGGGCGGUGAGUUGCCGGACAGCGCAUGCCGUUUGUUUACGUGCUUGAAGUCUAAUGUGUGUCUCUGUGUGCGCGCAGCAUUUGCUAUUGCGUAGGCAUCUCGAGCUCUUGAGUUAGUCCACAGAAGCAGCUGCAGGUGCUGUUUUGAAGAAAACAAAUUAAUUAGGAACUUGAACAAGUAAUCUUUUUGUGGCGACUGGCGCCUGUCUAGGGGUUCCUUUUUUGAAGAUGGUCUAUCGGCCAGUUACUCUUGUGUAAAGGCUCUCAGCUGGCCGCCUUAUGCAUAACCUUUUCCACUCUCCACCAGGAGAGAGCAUUUUCGUUGUUGGAGGAGGAUGCAACCCAGUGCGCGCUGAUGUCGACGAGUUUUUGGUGAGAGAAGGACGCUGGCGCGAGCGUACGCCCCUCGCCUUUGCACGCUGGGAGCACGCAGCCGCAGUCAUAAAGGUUCCCGGCACGGCCGCCGCAGCCGGAGAGAAGACGCUGAUUGGUGUUUUUGGUGGAUGGGGUAGAAAUGAACGCAUUUCCUCCUGUGAGCUCUAUGACGUCAGCCAGGACAGGUAAGAAGACGCCGGUCGUCUUGGCACAUCCAUUUUUGCCAUAAAUAUCACUCACUCACUGUCCCGCUUUCCCUCCGCUUGCCUCGAACAGAUGGCACAAAUUGCCCGAUCUGCCGGAGAAGAGAAGCAGUUCAGCUGCUGCCUGCCUACCCUACGACAGUCGGGUCUUCGUUUUUGGCGGUUACGAUGACUCCUCCUCCCCGCUGGCUUCCGUGGUCUUCUGCCAUCUGCGGGCAGACUGGCAGGGACAGGGGACCCCAACGGAGUUUUGGCAGCCAGCUGCCCCCAUGAGAAUCGCACGACGGGGGCUCGCAGCGACGCCAUUUCGGGGAGCAAUCCUGGUCGCCGGUGGAUACGAUGGCCAAAGGACUCUCAAUGUCGUGGAGAUGUUCUCGCUGCCAGACGCCAGCAUACCCCUCGGCCAGUGGACAAAGCUGGCCGGCAUGAAGCAGCCUCGCUGGUACUUCACUCUCCUCACCUCCGCCAAGGCUCUCUUUGCCCUCGGUAAGGCGACACACAGAUUAGAUGGAUCGUUUCAUGCUAUUUGCUGGCCUCUUUCAUGUUAGCCUACUUUUCUUCUACAAAGCUGAAUGAUUACAGCAUCUGGAAUGUGACGCCAGAUCCAACUGUAAUCUGUGACAUGACGCCGUGGAGGGUUUUCUCCUGCGCACUGCGCCAUCACAGCCACAGGCAGACGGAGUCAUUGUGAAUACUUCCGAUCCUUUCUUUUUUUAACAAACUCUUUUCUCUCUGGUGCAUUUCCUCUUCAAAUGCCACUUCCUUAUGACUAUGCAAAUGAAACAUUGUAGGCAACGACAGCGCGCCGAAAAACACGGUGGAGUCUCUCACGGCACCAGGAGGUUCAACCGACUUUGUCAAUGAAUUGACAUCUUGGGUCUGGUCGUCCAUGAACCCAGUGGAGACGCUGGAGUGCAUUGUUGGAGCUGCAAGCAUUCUGACGUAAACGCCCGCGUUAAUUUUCUUUUGAUAUUGCCUUGGAUUUCCCUCCAUUGGCUGCGUAUUGAAGAUGAACGAUUAGCAAGUAAAUCUGCCUUGACAGGUGUUAUUUCAAAACUCUCUAAGGAUGCGUGCGGUGUCCAGCAUAUGGCAUGGCCGAAUAAUGUCCACUUUUGACUUUGGGGGAAUGAAAUAGGGGUUUGGGGAUGAGGUGAACCGGUUAAUUUGCUCGAGGGAGAUGCUUAUUUGCUGAUUGGACAUAGUGAAUUCCAGAGGGUGUUUCAGUAGAAUUCAUUCUGAUCGCUGGGACGGAAGCAAUUUUCGUCUGACGUGUCCAAAGCAUGCAAGUUCCAUGACGUAAACAGCGGAGAAUGGGGACAAGAGGAGGGGUGCUGUCGAUGAUGAUGAUGAUGUUGUUGUUGUUGUUGUUGUUGUUGUUGAUGAUGAUGAUGAUGAUGAUGAUGAUGAUGAUGAUGAUGAUGAUGAUGAUGAUGAUGAUGAUGAUGAUGAUGAUGAUGAUGAUGAUGAUGAUGAUGAUGAUGAUGAUGAUGAUGAUGAUGAACGAGGGCUCCACGGUCGUAGUGGUCCUGUGGUCUGCUUCACACUUAUCCCUCUCUCUCUCUUCUUCGGCAGACAGUGA